AUGACGCUUCGAUCGGUUCAGCGGGGGCAGCGCCGAAGCUCCACCGGCGCGCAGCCGGCGCAGCGGGCUCCCAGCCACAACGAGAAGCGCAGCGGCACGCCGGAUGCGGCGCGAGCAGGGGGGAGGUACAAACGGAGGAAAACCCUCAGCGACGCUCGCGCCACGCGCGGGCGAUCCGCCGAGGAGCCCGACGACGGCGAGCGACCGGCUCGACGCGCCUCGUUGCGCGUCGCGGCCGGCGGGAAAGACGGCACGAGGAAGGCGAAGCGGAAGGAGCGGGAGGAGAAGCCAGUGUCGUUAAUUCUCCCGCCAAUCCCCAGCAGCGCCGGCCCGUUGUUCCAAGUCCGCGCCGGCCUCACAGACUUCAGGGCGCGCCAGCUGGCGAUGGCGGUGGAGGCGGGCGUCACGAGCGAGGUGGUGUGGGCGCUGAACGCGCUGCAGCUGAUCAGCUUCUCGCUCAAGGACACGUGGCAGCAGGGGGCUGGCCCGCUCAGCAAGGCACCACAGCUGCUCUCAGCCUUAGUAUCUGUGCUAUCCCUCUCUGCCCCCAACACCCCCACCCUUCGCAACAACCUCUUUCGUCUGUCUCACUGCCCCGCCUCUCGUGCCGCCCCCUCACGCAACCCCUCCCCUCCCCUGCUCGCGUCCAUCCCUCCAAUCCAACCCAUUCCCCCCUGCGCACCCCCCUUGCCAUGCUCCCUCUACCCACCCCCCCCCCCCAGCACCUACUUCCCGCUCUCCGCGGGUCCGCCCCUGCCUGCGCGCCCCAUCUCCGCCCUGCACCCCCCAUCCGCGGACGACCCCCUUGCCUCCGCUGCCGCCGCUGCUGCUGCUGGCGCUGGUGGCAUGAGCGCGUAUGGGCGCGGGCACAGGGGAGGCGGGGUGGAGUCGCGAGGGGGGGAAGCGGGCGUGGAGGCGGGCGGAGGGAGAGGGGAGGAUGGGGGAGGCCUGGCAGCAGGGGGCGCGGCAGGGGGGGUGGGGGGGAAGGCUGAAGCAGAGGAGACGGGGGAGGGGGGGGCCUGGGAGGGGCCGCUGAGUGCGGAGGAGCGGGAGGUGUGGUGGGCGGAGCGGGCACUCUUUAACCACAGCAGCAGCGCCAGCAGCACGGGGGGGGACGGGGGUGGCGGGGGCAGCAGCAGCAGUGCGGGGGAGCGGCUGCAGUGUGCGGUGGCGGCGAGCAGUGUGCUGCGCAACCUCUCCUUCCUGCCGCACUGCGCCUCCGCCAUGGCCGCCCUGCCCGCGUGUGUGGCCAUGCUCGUGGGCGCCAUGGAGGACUUUCAACGCGGUGAGCUGCCGUGCUGGGAAAAGGAAGUGGGCUCUCGGAUUUCAGCAUUCAGCAUGCAGGAGUCGAGCAAAAGCCACUGGGAAGGGAUGCCUACUCCUCUCAAGGCGGAGGUGGCUGCUGAGGGGGGAAAGGUUCCAGAGGAGGAGGAGGUGGUGAGCAACACAGUCGACACAUUCGCCAACAUCGCAGCGGCCAUCGACCUCUCCUCCUACCCCACCCACACACCGCCCCUCCCCUCCUCUGCCACCCCCCUCGCCUCCGCGCCGCCACUCACACUCGCAGCAGCAGCAGCAGCCCCGCCUGCCUCUCUCACUCGUUCCGCGGCGGCUCACCCCGGGGGGGACACGGGCCUGCAUGGCAUCGCUGUGGGGGCUUCUGGGAGUGGUGCGGAUGCUGGCGCUGAUGCUGCUGCUGGGGGUGAAGGGUCUCGUGGAGUGAUGAGUGUGGAGAGGGUGCUGGCAGCGCUGGCGGCGCUGCUGCAGGGGCCGGUGGUGGCAUGGCAGGCGGCAGCAGCGGAGGCGUGGGGGCGCCUGCUGCUGUGCCGCGAUAAUGACCUGCUGCUGCUGCCCGCUGCCGGCCCCCUGCAGGUGUACAGGCAGGUGGCGCUGCUGCUGGCCUCUGCUGACCCCCAUGUGCAGGCCACUGCGCUCUCCUGCAUCGCCCUCGCUGCGCACGCCUCCCCCGCCGCCAAGUACUGCCUUGCCCGCCAGCCCCAUCUCCUCUCGCGUCUGCUGUCGCUGGUAACCGCGCCGCACCCGUUACGGCGAGUGGUGAGGCGAGCAGCAGCAACGCUGGUGUGUCUGGCGAGGGAGCCGCGCACACACGCCGCCUUCCAGCCCCUCCUCCCCUCCCUCACCCGCGCUGCCUUCGCCUCCGCCCCACCUGCCCCUCAUGCGGCUACUGCUGCUCCUGCGGCCGCGGCGGCCGCGGCGGCGGGUGAUGCUGCUGCCACAGGUGGUGAUGGUGGUGGAGGGGGGAAGGAAAAGGGCGGUGGGGACGCGGAGGUGAGUGCGGCGCUGGCAGAGGUGGUGUGGCGUGUGUCGUGUGAGCCGGGGGCGGACGACUGGCGCUUGCCUGAAGGGGAGAACGUGUGGGGGGCUCGAGAGUGUGACAUGUGA